AUGUUUGGGUCCCUACAAAAUGCAGUGUCCAAGUUUUCCGUGAAGGGACCAGCUCAGCCCAUCCUGGUCCUGCUGGGGGCAGAUGCCUCUCUGCCCUGCCAGCUGUUCCCUGAGCAGAGUGCAGCCCACAUGCAGAUCCGGUGGUACCGAGCUCAGUUCACCCCAGCUGUGCUUGUGUACCAGAAUGGGCAGGAACAAGGCGGGGAGCAAAUGCUGGAGUACCGUGGCAGGACAGAGCUGGUGCAGGACUCCAUUGGCAGAGGGACCGUGACCCUGCUGAUCCAACAGAUCCGCGCCUCUGACGAUGGCCAGUAUCGGUGUCAUUUUAAGGAGGGUUACAUCUCCCAAGAAGCCAUCGUGGAGCUGCAUGUUAUAGGCUUGGGUGCUGCCCCUCACGUUCACAUGAUGGGGCCCGAGGAUGACGGGAUCCGAGUUCUGUGCUCCUCAGGUGGCUGGUUCCCCAAACCCAGGGUGCAGUGGAGCGACAUGGCAGGAGCGAAGCUUCCUUCCCUUUCUGAGUCCCAGACCCAAGAUGGAGAUGGGCUCUUCCAUGUGGAUGCGUCUCUCGUGGUCACGGACAGCUCUCUGGGCAAUGUGACCUGCUCCUUCCAGAACCCCCUCUCUGGCCAGGAGAAAGUGUCAGCUCUCUUCCUCCCAGAGCCCUUCUUCCCCAGGACGUCACCAUGGAAAAGAGCCUUGGCUGGGACACUCCCUGUGCUGGUGCUUCUCCUCAUCGGGAUGAGCUACUUUGGCUGGAGAGAACAUAAAGCCAAAGAGCGAGAAGUCAUGGAAAGGAAGAAGGAAUCUCAGGAAAAAGAGGAGAUGAGCAGCAACAAGGAACGAGCACUUGCAGCCAGAGAGAAACUCAAGGCAGAGCUCGACCAGCGAAAGGCAUUAUACAAGGAAGAUUGGAAAAAGGCCCUGCUAUAUCCUGACUGGAGGAAGGAACUUUUCGAACCUGCUCUUAUAACUCUAAAUCAUGAAAACUCUUCUGAGGGCGAUUCUGACCCAGUGAGAGAAGAGAACUUCGGAAAGGAAGCACCUAGUGAUACACAAAGAGACUGCAACCUUAUCACACUUGAACAGGAAGCAUUCACUUCAGGGAGACAUUACUGGGAAGUGGACAUUAAGGACACUGAUGAAUGGACUCUAGGCAUUGAUGAGAUGCCCAUGCAGGGGGAGGGGGAAUGCAACAAUCUACCAAAGAAGUUCAGAGUCUUAGAGAAGAAGGGACCGGACUACAGGGCUCUCAUCUGUUCCAACCAAGACAUUUCCCGAGAAGAGCUUGACCAGAUUGAAAAGGAUCCACAAAAGAUUGUGAUUUUCUUGGAUUAUGAGGAUGGUGACAUUUCAUUCUAUAGCAUGACUGAUGGUGCCCACAUCUACUCCUUCACCCACUGUAACUUUUUUGGGAAAAUCUCUCCUUAUUUCAAGCUUAAAUCCUAUCUGCACCAAUUUAAGUGA